AUGCUUGAUUUGCAAAUCGACCCAAAUAAUAUCUUGCUAGACCAGCCUGAAGAGGCUGAAGAGCUAAUUACUGAGCUAUUAACACAGAAAAAAGAUCAAAGGAAAGCUAAGAUUCAAAAAAGAAAAGUUGAAGAUACUGUUAACGUGCAAAUAAAAAAGGAAAAAGAAAUCAUAUCAAGAAAAGAAAAGGUUAACAAGGAAGUAGAAUCUACAACACAGAAACCAGGUCAAAAAUGUAAAUUAAAUCCAAAGAAACAUACAGGCAAAGAAAAUAAAUAA